GGACACGACACAGCCGAUGCUUACCCUUCCCAAACCCUAGAGCUCCGGCAACCGGCUCCCAGGCCGGUCAAGGCAAGGGCCUCAGAGCCGGCAUUGAUACGCGGAUCGAGGAGGAGGCGAUGCCGCCAGGAGGACGAGUUGAAGGAGCCAAGAAUGGCCGCACGAAGCAGGAGCAAUCGCCGGCGGCCGGCCGCCGCCGUGGCGAGGACAUCCCACCCCUUCCUUCACCGACGUUCCCAGCUUCCCAGAGGACGAAGGAGCAGAGGCGGAAGAAGAGGGAGCAGCAGGAGGCCGCAGCGAGCCUCCCCGAGGGCCCUCUCAUGGAGAUCCUGUCGCGGGUGCCCUACAGGUCGCUCUGCCGCUUCAAGUGCGUGUCCAGGUCGUGGCUCGCUCUCUGCUCCAACCCGGAUAUCCGCAGGAGGUCACCGCAGACCCUGUCCGGCUUCUUCCACAACCACAGAUACGGCCGCGACCUCAGAUUCCGCAAUCUGUCCGGGAGAGGGGCACCUAUGGUCGACCCUGCUCUCCCUUUCUUGCGGGGUUACGCGGGGUUCAAGGUCGAACAAUGCUGCGGCGGCCUUCUCCUCUGCAAAUGCUGGAAAUCUCAUGCCCAGGAAAAGGAUCUUGUUGUGUGCAAUCCUGCGACUGAGAAGUGGACCGUGGUACCUCCCAUAGUGUUUUUGGAUGAUGCAACUGGAGCAAUUCCGGCCGAGGUCCAAUGCCGAAACUCAUCUCCAUGA